AAACAUGCAGAUAACCUAAAGAACUAUAGAUGAAGUGUCAGUUCAUUUUAGGACACGCAGCGAUGCAAUCGUGUAGACUUGUUCUCUUGUUAAUCAUUUUGUCUGUGGAGGGCUCUUAUGUGCAAAAGAAUGCCCGAACCAGAAUUGCAGAGCUGGAAAACUUGGUGACGACAUUAAUAAAACAAGGUGAACGACAGCAAAAACGCAUUGAAGUUCGGGAGGCGAUAGUAUUUGCCAGUGAAAACGCAUCGGCUUCCUACAAUCGACGGGCAGCGGCGAUCGGAGAUAAGGAUCAAGUAAAAUUCAACCAGUCUAACGAAAACCUCCUUUAUGAGGACGUGCGCUUGUUUGAAGAUUAUCUUCGAGAUAAAACAGGUGAUGGCGACCGAUCUAAAAGACAAACAACUCCGAGUGUCGCUUUCACUGCAGUUAAAAUUGCUAAUCAACAUAACAUCGGCACCAACCAGAACAUAAUGUUCGAGCAAGUCCUUCUCAACAUUGGCGGUGGAUACCACGUGCACCAGGGCGUGUUCGCGGCCCCUGUGUCGGGGAUUUAUGUCAUGGCAGCGACCAUUCAGCACUCAUUAGGUCAAGUCAUCUAUAUUGCAAUAAAGCACAACGGAAACAUCCUCGCAAUGAUUCAUGGGAUGGAAAAUGAAUACGCACAGGGCACUCACUCACUUGCGCUCCAUCUGAUUGCGGGCGAUGAGGUGUGGUUAAGCAACCAAGGUGGACAGGGGGUCUCUAUUUUUGGCGCUGGGUAUUCCUCGUUCUCUGGGUUCCUGUUGUAUUGACGCAAUCAUGUACUGUUGGGGUGAUAAUGUAUAGUUUGUUACAUACAGCACGUGCGUACAACAAGAAAUAAAUACUGUAAAGCAGUUA